UUAAAAAAACGUGCCUUAAAGUUGUCGUAUUUGUUAACUGACAGUUAAAAUGUCACCAUCGAUUGUCUAUUCUUUUAUUUUGCUAUGUCUUAUGACAUGGAUAAAACCCGGCCUGUUUCAACAACCAACCUGUAACGUUCCACCUGAACAACCAACCUGUAACUGUAACGAAAAAGUAAACCGACAGUUCGUGGAUGCUAUUAAGCUGCGCCAUUUUAAAUGUGACGGAACGUUUGCGAACACCCCCUAUUCAAUUACAUAUCCACAACCUAUGUUACCGAAAUUAGACACGAGAAAACAAACAACUAUUUAUAUUUUUGGAUUUCCACAGACUAUGGAGAGCAAUGCUACCAAGAUAAUGAUAAAAG